AUGGAUUCCAUCUGUGGCUGGGCACGCACUAGUCGAAUCUAAAUACGGAUGAAAAACAACAAUGGCCGCGGACAGGAAGGCAUCUUCUCUCAGCCGUGUUUGGGUCACCAUUCACCGCAGUGAUCUAGCAUCCGAGACAGAAGAUAAAUCAAAGUCUGUUCCGCGAUGUGUGAUUCUACCUCAGGACAGUCCCACUCCAGAGAUCCAGGAUAUCUUCAGGGUUAGUCUGGCAUUACAAGAUGAAAACUUGGUGUUGAAGCUCCGUAACAACCGAGGUUCAUUAAUCCCUAUCAAUGGAUUCAUCACACCUAAUUCAAAGUUCCAACCUUAUGUUCUUGAAGUCACAAGACGUUACCAGAACGUCAAGCCCAUGAAGCGAUCAGUGAAGAUUAAUGGCUAUAAUGAUAUCAUCAAACAGAGACUGCAACAGAUUGUGAAGAGGAUUGACAAGUUAGAGCAAUUAGAGCCUGAAAUGAAAAGCAAACGAGAAACAACCAUCGCAAAGAAUAUGACUGAUCUGAAUGUAAAGAUGACAUUCCUGAACACAAGGAUGCAUGAAGCAGAGUCUACUAAAUGGCAAGGCAUGUUUAAGAAGCAUCCUCUCUGGUAGGAAAACCAAACAACUCUUCACUUACGAUAUCUAGUAUUCAACCAACCCUACAUACCCUAUCUGGAUAAAUCACUGAGGCAGAAAAUUUGAGGUGGUAUUCUAAAUAGUAUGUUUUAUUUUAUUUCAGGAAAUAUUUAUCAUAAAUCUAAACAUGACAACUUACUGUUUAAUGAAUUUAUGCUUGUAGCUACGUAAACAGAUAUUUCAUAUUUGACCCCCCCCCCCCUC